AUGGAAGACCAAUCGACAACCAAGGAGGGGCAGGACAGAGAAGGAGGAGGCAUUCCUGAUGGAAACAACCCUUUGAUGGAACUGCAGUCAUGUGGACCCCCCAAAGUUCCCAAUGUGGCGAGUUCCAAAGCGAGAUGCAAAGGUACAACCGAGCUAAGAGUGGACUACGCCACGAAGACGAUAGAAAAUGCGAAGGAGAUCCUGCGAAACAGUGACCAGUGCGUGAUGAGAGAGUCGAAGUUGGAGGCGGAUGAGCUGAAUGACAUCGCGGAGAUUUUGCACAGCAAGGAUGGGGAGCUGGCGGCGGUCGGAGGGGUAGGUGCCAUCGGUGGAGCAGCUUCUAUCGAUGGGGCAGCUUCUAUCGGUGGGGAAGCUUCUAUCGGUGGGGAAGCUGCCAUCGGAGGGGUGGCGCCAGGUGGCGACCCCCCCGCGAACGAACAGAACGACGCAAACAUGAAGGUCCUGUUCGAAAGCUCCAACUCGUCCCUGCCAUUUAUCCUCAAGGGAAUCUCGGAGACUCUAGACCAUAUCCUCUCAGUUGACAAAAUGAAAAGCAGAAAUAAAAAUAAACUCAUACAAGUAGUGCAAAACGCACACAUGCUCCUGAGGUCGAAUUACAAUCUGGUCCUCAAAUGUGACACAAAUUUAGCAGUAAUUGUAAAAAGAAUUAAAAGACUGUACAGACUCUACAGGAAGUUAGAUAGUCAUACAAAAAUACCUACUAAAGUGAAGACCGUUGUUGGGGACGUUGCUCCAUAUAUGCUACCCAUUCGACAUAACGACAUGGGGGAGGUUCCCUUCGUUGGGGAUACUGGAAGUGGUCCUAGUGGUAGCGCCAUAAAAAGGAGAAACACAAACCAACAGGAUGAAACUGAAGCUCAUGAGGGGGAUGGAAAUGGAGACGUCGAUAAGCAAAUUGGGGGAGCUCCUCCUACCCAUGAUGAUAACGAUAACAUGAGUGGUUCUGUUCAUGGGGGGGACAAAGAGUUGAACAGAAACGCGCAUUCCAUUGUUGCUUCAUCAGUUGGAGGAUUGCCCCCAAAGUGA